CCCGAUCUGCAUUCUCAUCAAAGGUGGAAUAUUUUUAACGUUUCUGGAAACCGAAGUGGAGCUUCCUCUUCCUUUGGAUUAAUCGCAGAUGCAAUUUGGGAGAAACUAAAGGUGGCUGCAGAGAGGAAGCUUCUCCUUGUUGGACCACAGAUAUAUACGGACUUUGCAGAAGCCAAGAUUCCAGCAUUCAUAGAUUACCUGGGAACUGUUGUUGAGAUGGAAGAGGACAUGUUCUGCUACAUUCAUGAAGGCGGUCAGCUAGUUAACUGUGCUGGAGGGUCUGUAGAAUAUCAGGGUGGUCGUACCGAAUCCAUGGUUGUUAGCCGGCAUAUGUCACAUAGUGAUUUCGUUUCAAAACUUUGUGAUGAAUUGCACUUUGACCGGAAUUCUAUCAAAUUGGAAUUCACCGUCAAGUUUGACCCAUCAAUUCUACUAUCGUUGCAUGAUGAUGCAGCCAUACUUAAGAUGUUUCGAUUCAAUGAAAGGUUUUGUCGAGUAUAUGUCUCAUCAUCAAGUGAAGUUGUUGAAGCGUGUAUAUCAUCGACUAGUGCCCCUACUCCUAUUGUUGGUUCAAAUUCGGCACAUGUACUUUCCUCCGGUGGUGAUCUGCCAAUUGAUAUUUGUAAUGACUCUCUUACAAUUGAGUCAUAUGGGUUUUCCCAAAGAUGUGCUGAAUCAAAUAUACUCGAACGUGACUCAAGGCGGUUUGAAAAUUCCAUUAUGGGUAGUGGACAUACCUUCCCCAAUGCUGCCAAGUUCCGUGAUGCUGUGUAUUUGAUGUCAAUUGCUGGUAGAUUCCGUUAUUGCUUCAAGAGGAAUAGUACGAAACACAUGACGGUUGUUUGCACAGUUAAUGAAUGUCCUUGGAAAGUCACAGCUCGUGCAAUUGGGGAAUCGAACAUCGUUCAGGUUCACACUUUUCAAAACUGCCAUAAUCAUAGUUUGGAAGAUGUUGUCGCAUGCCAACCUUUAGUGAGAUCCAAUCGUGCUUCAUUGCUUAUUGAUGAUGUCAUACGGUCCACUCCCGAUUACCAACCCCGCCAAAUUUGUAAGGACUUUCAAAGGCAACAUGGGAUGCAAUUGACAUAUCUUCAAGCAUGGAAUAUCAAGGAGAAGGCAAAUGAACGCAUUUAUGGAGAACCCAAAAAUUAUUACAAAUUUUUGCCUUGGAUGUGUGAGAAAAUGGUUGCAACAAAUCCGGGGAGCAUUGUUGAGUUGAGACAUUCAAGUGAUGGGCAUUUUGAGCAACUCUUUGUUGCUCAUUCGAUAUCUAUCCAAGGGUUUGCAAUGGGGUGUCGGCCAAUCAUUGCUAUUGACUCCGCGCAUAUGAGUGGGCCAUAUGGGGGUGCGUUAUUUUCAGCCACCGCAUACGAUGCUAAUGACUCUAUGUUCCCCUUAGCCUUUGGCGUGAUGAGCUUAGAAAAUUAUGAUGAUUGGUCUUGGUUUUUGAAAAACUUGAAGAAGGUUGUUGGAGAUAAGGAAGUCGUUAUUAUCUCGGAUAGACGUCCUGCUCUUCUUCGUAGUGUUCCUGAAGUGUUUGGCCUUGAAAACCACGCCUACUGUUACCGUCACUUGAAGGAAAAUUUCAGCUCUUUUUUGAGCAAACAUAACACAAAAGGGAACAAAGGUAAAGAAAAUGCACUCCAAUUGCUUGAUAGUAUUGCCUAUGCAAGGUUAGAGCAUGAUUACAACGUUUCCAUGUUUGAACUACGGAAAUACAAUGACACUUUGGCCACAUGGGUUGAAGAAAAUGCACCCGAACAUUGGGCUAUGUCAAAAUUCCCAAAACAAAGAUGGGAUAAAAUGACCACAAACCUUGCCGAGUCAUUUAAUGCUUGGUUAAGGAAUGAAAGACAUCACUCCAUUUGUAACUUUCUAAUGGAGCAUAUGACUAAGUUAGGUUCUAUGCUUGUCAAACAUAAAGAGGAAUCGAACAAUUGGAAGGGAUGUAUAGGGCCAAAAAUUGAAGACAAAGUGCAGCAGAAAAUUGCCAAGGGUGAGGUGUAUCCGGUCACUCCUUUCAUGAACGGAAUAUUUGGGGUUUCUAUCGGAAGCACCUUCUUGAAUGUGGACAUUAUGAAGCGUACUUGCACAUGUAGGGGUUGGGAAAUGUUGGGAAUCCCUUGUGAACAUGCGGCGGCCGUUAUUCUUUCCAUCGGUCAGAAUGUUAUUGAUUUUGUUCAAGAUUGGUACAAAUUCCCAAUGCAAGAGUUGAUUUACUCGGGCUCCUUCUCCGGUAUAGAGACCCAUGACAUGCCAAUCGUGGAUAAUGAUGGUUUGGUUCGAUCUAUCACCGGUGAAGUUUUCUUCUCUCUUAAUCCUCCCCAUACCAAACGCCCUCCCGGAAGACCAAGGAAGAAGCGCCUUGAGUCCCAAUUUCAAGAUAAACGGACUGUCUAUUGCUCAAGAUGUCAUACUUCUGGGCACAACAGGAAAACGUGCAAGAAUCCUUUGUCUUAAGUGCAAUGCUGUCACGUUUUUCCCUUAUUGAAACUAUGUUCCAUUGUAUUUCCAUUACAUGUUUUGAAGACUCUUUCUAAAGGUUGUUACAAACCAAGAACACAUUUGUAACACUUAUCAUUGGUGUGUUGUAAUGGGUAAUAUUACAUCCACAUCAUUUCUCCUGUUUUUCUUCUUUUUUCAUGAUAUCCAACCUUUCCUACUUCCAUGAACACGGGUUUCCUCUUAUGAGCAGUUGAUGAAGUUAAUGGUCUCUUUGUAUUGUGUAA